AUGACCCGCCUGACCCAAGUCCCACCCGACGCCACGCCCGGCAGCUCCUGGUUCCGCACCCUUGCCAGUAAGGAGGACUACGCGCGCGCCGAGGCGCUAGACCGGCUCUGCGAGCGACUGUACGGCAAGAGUCUGCAAGUCUUCGGCGAGACGACAUCUGGCCGCGCCUACAUCCAGCUGAUCAGCACCGAGGGUGCGGACGCGGGCCAGCCCGUCGCCUACGACACAUUCAACAUGACGCCCAAGUGGAAGAACUGGCUCCAGGGCGCCGAGAAGCGGCUCGACAAGAGCCAUGGCGAGCACGCCGACCCGCCCAUGGGAAAGAACCGGCGCGAGGACCCGCCCGAACGUACCUGGAGGGCCGAGGGGUAUGGCGAGGAGGCGCAGAAGCUAGAUGGUCUGGCCUAG